AUGGCGUUCAAUCUGCAGCAGAUGAUGGCUUCGCUCGGUGCAGCAUCUGAGCCCGCAGAUUCGGCUGCAGCCGCAGACAAAUGCAUCUUGUCGUACCGCCAUGCACCUGUAAUUGAAAGUAAUACACAGGCUGCCGAUAGCGUCACCCAAGAGACACAGACGGUGCCAUGGACAUGUACCUUUCACAAUCCCAACCAGCACUCACUCGAAGCCACAAUCACUGACAGGACGUUGCAAUCUGCUUCCUCGGCUCAAGACUAUCGUUUUGCCAUUCCGCCGCGGGCCACGCUCUUUCUGAGCGACUCGACUGCCUCGGAUGCCUUCCGUUGGUCGUUUCGUCGACUCACAGACGAGUAUUCGCUUGCACGGCAUUUUGACCUUGUACUACUAGAUCCACCAUGGCCGAAUCGGUCGGCCAAGCGCAAAGGCACGUACGAGCAGGUCGGAGGUAUGCCGUACCUCAAGCGAAUGCUACUCAACAUGCAUCUCGACAUGUACCUGGAACACAACGCACUGCAACAUGUGCUCGGUCCCGGCGGGCUGUUUGAGGCGUGGAACGUGGGACUAAUGGAAGAAUGGAUAUGGAUCAAGACGACGACCAAAGGCGAGCCCAUGUUUGAUAUUGACAGCCCCAUGCGCAAGCCCUAUGAGAUGUUGCUGCUGGGUCGUGCAGCACCAAACUCGUGGUCACGCAUGGCACAUGCACCUGUGGUCAAGCGCAGAGUCAUUGCCGCCGUGCCAGACGUACACUCACGCAAGCCCUGUCUCAAGUCCUUACUCGAACCCUAUUUGGUGGACCCAACAGACUACACUGCGCUCGAGGUGUUUUCUCGCUACCUAGUCAGUGGUUGGACAUCAUGGGGAAAUGAGGUGCUCAAGUACAACUGGGACGGCUACUGGGUCAAGGCCGGAAGUGCAGAGAACUAAAGAGUAGCAAAUCGUCAAUUCAUUC